AAAAAAUAUAAGCCAUUUUAAACGGAAAAUUAAAAUGUUGGCCUAAAUGAUUUUUUCGAUUUUGCGCAUAUUACACGAUUCUUACAAAUUUUACGAUUCAUGGCGAAUGAAUCUAAUUUGAUGGAAAAAAUAAGGCCUCAUAGAUUUCUUUGGUGUAAUAGCGACCUCAAAUAUAGGGACACUGCAGCAAGUAAAAUAAAAUGGGAAGAGAUAGGGAAGAUAUAUGAAUUAAACUAUGAGCAAAUAAAAAAAAAGUUCACAGCUAUAAAGUCAAAAUUUAAUAAAUUUUAUUCCCUUUCAAAAAAAUCAGGUUCUGGUGCUGCUAUGAUAAGCAGUAGGCACUUGAAAUUUAUAGAAGAUUAUUUUUGGCUAAAAGAUAAUGUGGAAGAUAUUUGUAAGAAUGCAGAGGCAAGUUUUAGUUUGGAUCAAAUAUCUUCACAUGAUUAUGAACAAAAUAUCCAAGAUGUGGUGAAUGUACAAACAUCAUCACAGGAUUAUGAACAAAAUAUCCAAGAUGUGGUGAAUGUACAAACAUCAUCACAGGAUUACGAGUUAAAUACACAUGAUCUUUUAACUGAUAUUGUUAAUCCUACUGAUAUAUAUGAGAAAGAAAUUUUAGAGUUAGACAAUUCUUUUAAUAAAGAAAAUAUUAAUCCAUGUAGCUCAAAGAGGAAGAAUUUAGAUACUCCUAAAUCUAAAGCUAAAAAAUCUAAGAAGUAUGAAGAUGAAAAAAUGGAGAUAUUUAGGGGUUUUGCUGCCAAACAUACAUCCCAAGGAGAUGAUCCCCAUAAUAUUAUGGGUUUUUUCAAAUCAUAUCAAGCUCAAUUUAAUAUUAUGACUGAUAAAGAAAUUUUUGAUUUUAAAUUAAAAUUUAUAACAACAAUGUUAGUUUAGUUUAUACUGUAUUUUUUUAAUUAAUUUAUACAUUUUUAUAUCUUAA